CGUCCCUUUCGUGUGGCCUACAAAUAUUUUGUCAUUUUACCGUAAAGAUGGUGGAAACAACACUUAUCUUCUCCGCUGCUAAAACUUCAUUUGAUCCUCAAGUGCAAGGAUGUUUGAUCAUCGGGAAACCGCGAAACCUUCAGACUGUUACAUAUGACAAUUUAGCGGAAAAACUUUCGCCACGAGUUGACGCUGCGACAUUUAACCUUGUGCUUCACACCAUGGCUGGUUCAGAUGCUUGUCCAGUUUGGUUAAAUCAAGUGGUUAUUGGUGCUCUUCCUAAUACAGCAAGUCGUCAUAACUCCUCAGCCAGUCCUCACUUCCUUAACAAGCUUGUCUGCAGCCAUCUUCCUGGAGGGGAUGCUUGUAUUGUGGUUGUCUGUGAAAGACAUGAUGCUUUUGCUUCAGCUUGUGCUAUUUCAAGGGCUUUCCCAACUUAUUCAAGAAAGACCUCUAAAGCUGCAAAAUUGUUAUCAAGAACUGUAACUGUAGAGUUCAUUCUUGUUGGCAACAAUGAUUCUCCAAUCUCAAGUGAAGAUGCAGCUUGUAUGAAUGUAGUUGCAGACAGCAUCCGUCUGAGUGCUCGCCUGGUAGAUAUGCCAUGUGGAGAUUUGCACACCACUGCAUUUGUUCAGGAAAUUACUAAAGUUGGUGAAGAAUUAGGUAUUGUUCCUGUUGUGAUCAAAGGAGAAGAACUUGAUCAAAAAGGUUUUGGAGGGUUGUAUGGAGUAGGAAAAGCAGCAGUGAACCCUCCAGCCUUAGUAGUAUUGAGUCAUACACCUAUGUCAGCUACACGGACCAUAGCCUGGUGUGGAAAAGGCAUAGUGUAUGACACCGGAGGACUGUGUAUCAAGGCUAAGACCUCUAUGCUUGGGAUGAAAAGAGACUGUGGAGGGGCAGCUGGUAUUCUAGGAGCUUUUAGAGCAGCAGUAAAACAGGGCUUUACUGAGAAUCUUCAUGCUGUGUUCUGCAUGGCAGAAAAUGCUGUUGGUCCUGACGCUACUAGACCUGAUGACAUUUUGACGUUAUACUCAGGAAAAACUGUCGAGGUGAACAAUACAGAUGCUGAAGGCCGCCUAGUUCUUGGAGAUGGGGUGGCGUAUGCCAAGAAGGAUCUCCAUGCCGACGUUGUCCUUGACAUGGCCACCUUGACUGGUGCCCAGGGUAUUGCAACGGGACGCUACCACGCGUCACUUUUGACCAACAAAGAGGUGUGGGAACCAGCUUGUGCUGCGGCGGGAAGAGCAAGUGGGGACUUGGUUUUUCCCAUUCCAUAUUGCCCAGAACUUCAUUUCUCAGAAUUUUCAAGUGCAUUAGCAGAUAUGAAAAAUUCAGUACAAAAUCGUGAUAAUGCUCAAGUGUCCUGUGCUGGCCUUUUCAUUGGUUCCCACUUAGGAUUUGAUUUCCCUGGAAGCUGGUUACAUAUUGAUAUGGCUGCUCCAGCUCAUAUGGGUGAAAGGGCAACAGGUUACGGAGUGGCUCUCUUGGUCACCUUAUUUGGAAAAGCGUCCUCGUCGAAACUCCUUCAGAGUAUCGCACCAGAACUGCCGGCAAAGGACUCUGGGUUUGGCUAUUGAAGAUGAUUAUGGUGUCGUCGGGCCGAACAAAAUGGCUGAUUGAAUAGGGAAGACUUGAAGACUUGAAUAGGGAAGAAAUGUUUUGACUGAAAUUUGAACUUAGACUUACGGUUUUGAAUUUUGACCACGUAGAGAUUCUGAUGCACAUUCCAAAGUUCUCCCUUUUAAUUUACCCUUCUCCAAUCUACUGAAUACAACUCAUACCGUUUGAACACUCAUGCCGUCAAAAAUUAAAUUUUAUUUUUCCUCUGCACAUGUGGUACUUGAUGAUUUUCCUUGUCAGAGAAGGACGUUGAGUGUGAAAGGUAAAAUCAAUUGAAAUAAAAACAGAAUCAAUUUUCCCUGUCA